AUGGAAAAUGGGCAAAGGCAUACCCUACACAUCAACAGCAACAUCAAGAACAAUGUGGUGCAGUUUCUACUCAAGCACAGCCAGGAUGGAGUGCUUGCAAGAGGGGCUGUAAUGGAGGCAGCAGACACUUUUAACAUCAGUAGAAAGACUGUGUACAGACUCUGGAAGUCAGCCAAGGAGCAGAUGCAAAGGGGAGAACCUGCAAUCAUGGAAGGAAAGAUUAGAGGGUACCAACAUGCUGACAGAUUAGACCUCGAUGAAGAAAAGGUUAGAAACUUAUACAUUCUUGAAAGAUCUUCCCUUAGAAAAAUGGCUGUCAAAUUGAAUGUGAGCAAGAGCACAAUAGGUUCAUGGGUGAAGCAAGGUAAACUAAGGCCACAUACAAAUGCAAUUAAACCUGCCCUCACUGAUAUGAAUAAGCUAGCAAGAGUGAGAUGGAGCCUUAGUCAACUCCAGCCACAAAUAGCUGAUGGUAAAGUUCCAUAUCAAAGCAUGCAGAAUAUAGUGCACAUAGAUGAGAAGUGGUUCUAUAUGACCAAGUCAUCAGACAGAUACUACCUCUUGUCAGGUGAGGAGGAGCCAUAUAGGUCAUGCAAAUCCAAAAGAUACAUCACCAAAGUGAUGUUUAUGUGUGCUGUCAGUAGGCCACUUUUUGGAAGUGAGGGUCAGACCCUUUAUGAUGGUAAGGCGGGAAUAUUUCCCUUCACUGAAGUUGUGCCAGCACAAAGAAAGUCAAAGAAUAGGCCAAGAGGAACCAUGGAAACCAAGGCAAUCCAUUCAGUGACAAAGCCAGUUAUGAGGGACUGCCUUCUCCACAAGAUUAUACCUGCAAUUAAGGCCAAGUGGCCUGUUUGGGCAAGUAAAGAGAUUUACAUUCAGCAAGACAAUGCCACACCACACAUAACUGCCAUGGAUCCAGAGUUUCAGGCUAUUGCCAAUUCAGAUGGAUUUAAAAUCCAUCUGAUUUGUCAACCAGCUAAUUCUCCUGAUACUAACAUACUAGACCUUGCUCUUUUGCAGAGCUGUCACCACAAACCCUUAAUAGAGUAUUCCUCAGUUUGCAAGCUUGCCUCAGAGAAAUCCUACAAAUGCAGAGGUGGAAAUGGUUACAAAGUUCCACACAUCAACAAGGAUAGGCUGGAAAGAACUGUGGGACUCCCUAAUGUGGUGGAAGUGGAGGAGAAUGUGGUGAGAGAAGUGCUGGAAUACUUGCAAAUGCCAGAAAACAAUGAUGGAUCAAUGUAUGACAUUGGUCCUCUAUCAAAUGCAUUUGGCUUAUAG